CCGUUCGCGUCUGUCGUCGGCAGCAUCCAAGGAAGCUCACCGCCCAGCAAGCUUCUGCUUUUAAGGAAGCUAUACUGCGAAAAUGUCGAGUUCCUCCAAUCUUAUAGCCAUGAAAAAAGUGGUACAGCAGCUGCGCUUCGAGGCAAGCAUUAACAGAGUGAAGGUGUCCCAAGCUGCUGCAGACCUUCAACAGUUCUGCAUGCAGAACGCCUUGCAAGACCCCCUGCUCACAGGCGUGUCAUCCAGCACCAACCCCUUCAGGCCGCAGAAGGUCUGCUCCUUCUUGUGAAUCCACUGUGCUCAUUGGCCUUCAUUUUUGAUGCUACAGGGAAAAGUCGACCUCAACACUGCUCCUCAUGCCAAGCCAUUAACAAAGAAACUGCCACGGGGGGGAUGUCUUUGAGUGUAUUACGCACAUCAAAAUCAUGACAGAAAGACAACCAUAUAUUUUUAGCCACAGUAGUAGAAGUAGAAGAAGAAAAAAGGAAGCUAAUUUUAUUUUUCAUGGCACAGUAUGGGUUUUUAAUUAUUGUGCCUUUUCUAUUGUUCUAUUUUAGUCAUCACUCUUCUGGACAAUUUUUUGUAUUUAAUGAAUAAAAAGCAUUCUUUGUUACUCCAAAA